UGGGCCUGCAGAAGGCCAGGCUGCCUCCGUGGCAGUCACUGGCAGCGGCAAGGGCAGGCCACGGGGAGGGAGCUUGGCCCAGGGCAUACCUCCCUCCUGAGAGGAUCAGGAGCCAAGCUCUGAUCCGGAGAAGGAAGGGGAGAAAAGGGGGUGAGAUCAAAGUUUUGGACUUCAUGAAGUAGCAGCAGCUGAGAGGAGCUGCCCGCCUGUGAGUGAGGAGGUGGAAUUUCCCGUACUUUUUGUGUCUACUGCCUCCUGCCAGUCAGUGAGUACCACUGAGGAGGAUCUGGCUCUGUCUUCUGCGCUCCCCCCAUCAGAAUGAGUUCCACAUCAACCACAAGUUGUCCCUUGCCAUCACUGCUUGUGCCCGAACAAGAGGACCAGGAGUGUUCUGAGACGCAUAUGUCUAUUUUGUGGUACGCAGGGCAGUUUGCAGUUACUUACUACGAUACAGAAGACUGCUCAGUUUACUUCAUGCCUGACACACCUGAUAAUGAAGACCUUGACCUACUGCAAAAAGUAAUUGAGGAAGUUCAUCCUCAAUGCAUAGUGACAAGUGCAAAACAGGACCAGAAUAUUGCCAAAUUCCUGACCGACCUAACAGCUGGUGAUAGUGAUAAAGACAUGGGAAAACCAGAAAUUGUCUUGUUUCCUAACACAGACUUUGGCCUAGAAGUCAGCAAACAACGGAUCCUAUCUAGGCAAUUUCCAUUCAUCCCAUCCCAUAUGACUGCAACAGAGAAAAUUCUCUACUUGUCCUCAGUCAUCCCUUUUGAGAGCCCACUUGUUAUAAGAGCUCUAGGGGGGCUCCUUAAGUUCCUAGACAGGAGAAGGGUUGGAAUUGAGCUAGAAGAAAGCAGUGUUGUUGUUCCUAUUUUGGCCUUUAAAAAGUUUGUGCUGUCAGAUACUGUGAAUAUGGACCAAGACGCUUACUGUGUCCUACAGAUAUUUAAAAGUGAUAUCCAUCCUUCUGUGUACAAGCUGUCUAGUGGAUUAAAAGAAGGAUUCAGUUUAUAUGGGAUUUUAAACCGCUGCAGGUGCAAAUGGGGAGAAAAACUGCUGAAGCUGUGGCUUACACGACCUACUCGGAACUUGACAGAGCUAAAUAAACGGCUGGAUGUUAUCCACUUCUUCCUGCUGGCUCAGAACCAUGAAACAGUUCUCACCCUUCAAGACUGUCUCAGGAAUAUAAAAAAUGUACCUCUUAUUCUAAAAAGAAUGACACUUUCCCAUACAAAAGUUAGUGACUGGCAAGCUCUCUAUAAGACACUGUAUAGCGCAGUGUGCCUUAGAGACACGUGCCGUUCUCUGCCCAGUAACAUUGAACUCUUUCAGACUAUUUCACGUGUCUUCACUGAUGAUCUGCACUACAUUGCCAGUCUCAUCAGCAAAGUGGUGGACUUUGAAGGCAGCAUCUCAGAGAACCGCUUCACUGUCAGACCUAACGUGGAUCCCACCAUUGACGAAAAGAAACGAAGGCUCAUGGGACUGUCAGACUUCCUUACAGAAGUGGCACGAAAAGAACUGGAAACCCUGGACGAUCAUAUUCCUUCCUGUUGUGUGAUCUACAUUCCUCUGAUUGGGUUCCUUCUCUCCAUUCCACGGCUACCAACUAUGGUGGAUAAGAGUGACUUUGAAAUCGAAGGCUUGGACUUCAUGUUUUUGUCAGAGGAUAAACUGCAUUACAGAAGUGCGAGGACUAAGGAGCUAGACAGCCUGCUGGGUGACUUGCACUGUGAGAUAAGAGACCAGGAAACACUAAUUAUGCACCAGCUGCAGACAAAGAUCUUGGAGAAGUCUGAAGUGCUUAGCAGCGUGAUCGAGUACACUGCACACCUUGAUGUGCUGCUGGCUUUGGCAGUGAUGGCCCGGGAGAACUCCUACUGCCGGCCGCGCUUUACUCACCGCCACGGCUUCCACAUCAAGGAUGGCAGACAUCCGCUCAUGGAACUGUGCGCAAAGACUUUUGUGGCCAAUUCUGUGAACAGUGGUGAGGCUGCCAGACGAAUAAAGAUCAUCACAGGGCCCAACUCAUCUGGAAAGAGCGUCUACUUAAAGCAAGUAGGUCUUAUAAUAUUUAUGGCUCUGAUUGGCAGUUAUGUCCCUGCAGCAGAGGCAGAGAUUGGAGCAAUUGACGGAAUUUACACAAGAAUCCACAGUAGGGAAUCUGUUUCUGUAGGGCUCUCCACUUUCAUGAUUGAUCUUAACCAGGUUGCCAAGGCUGUAAACAAUGCUACAGAGAGGUCCUUGGUGCUUAUCGAUGAGUUUGGUAAAGGGACCAACACACUGGAUGGGCUGUCCCUUCUGGCUGCUGUGCUGAGGUACUGGAUCAGUCAAGGAACCCGCUGUCCGCAGGUCUUUGUCUCCACAAAUUUUCACAGUUUAAUGCAGCUAGAACUCCUGCCUGCCACGCCUCUUCUGGAGUACCUGACCAUGGAGACCCACCAAGAUGGAGACGAGUUGGUAUUUUUCUAUCAGAUCAAACAAGGCGUGUCCACCGUCAGUCAUGCUGCCAACAUUGCUGCAUUAGCUGGAAUGCCAGCCAAAAUUAUUGAAAGAGGAGUGGAAGUAUCAGAACUGAUUCGCAAUGGAAAAGCUAUCAAAUGUAUUGAUCAUCCUUCAAAAGGAGACCAGAUGGAAAAAUGCAAGUCUGUUGUGGAAAAGUUUCUUUGUCUAGACCUUGAUGAUCCCCAUCUGGACUUAGAAGAGUUCAUGCGUAAAGAGGUGCUGCCUUCUGCAGCCUCAGUUCUGUAACAGGGCUUUGUGUAAAAGCAUGAAUUACAUGGUAUCUACCACGUUCAGUAGGACAGUUUGGUAAUUUAAGCAAUGAUGACAAUGACUAACACCUCACACUACAUUUCACUUGUAAAAAAACUGUCUGUAGUGUACGUCCUUUCUUCUUGUUUAAAACAAGUAUUGAAGUUAGGCAUCUCUGCAAUAUGGUCUAUGAUAUGAAAACAAGAAGACUGAACAAAGAGAAUUCAAGAAUCUCUUUCACCUGUUGGAUUACACAGUUUGUGCUUUUUGAGCCCCUGUUGUUAGAUCCCCAGACUGAAAAAAAUACCGUAGCAAAAUCACAAAAUAUUUCUGCUGGUCUCAUGAGACUGUACAAGCAAAGUGUUUAUUGUUUUGUGUUUGUGUCAAAGAGAUUGUUUCAGCUAUUUUAGGAUCAGCAUCAAAAGAUUACAAAUAAGUGCCUCAGACUCCCAGAUCAGCAAGUAACAGUUGUCGCAAUACAAACCUCUGAAGUAAAGGCUGAUUAAUGGAAAUAUAGAGAGGGAUUUAAUGAGCUCUGUGGCUUUUCUUAAAACAGCAUUUCUGGCUAAAAUGCCAGAGAUCCCAAGAGUUGCUAUAAAAAGAAUGCUAGAAGUCAGAAUCAACAGGGACUGAUUACAGAGGAAGCGCUUUGGUUUUACUGAGAAUCACUCUCUUCUCCUCAGGUCCUAUAUGGUGAGACUACUAUCUAUAGGACUUGUAGGACUAUUGUAAGACUACUAUCUAUACUGUAUGAGUAUAAAUAAAAACAAAAUUACAAGUCUAGGAAAUGGAAAACUACACUAGGGAUGUACAACAGAAACUGACAUUUUAUAGUCUAUUUUAAAGUAUUGAGUAAAAGUUAUGGUUAAGGGAAUAAUACCAGAACCAUAGCAUUCCCUUUCAUUUCUGUCAGUGCAAACGAUCUUUACUGAACACAGCAUUUGAUGAAUUAGUAUGCCAAAAAUAUUCAUGAAAAAAUUAAUGAAGCAGCAGACGUGAUAUCUAAGUACCACAGAAGUAAUAACCUUCCCUGCAAUGGGCUAAGCGCCUGAGAUUCCUUAUCUAAGAGCAAGACAGAAAAGACAUCAUAUGUCUAACCAAUUGUCUGACUGCCAAAACUUGCUAUAACUGCUUACAAUAUGGCUCAUAAAAGACAUCAGCAGAUAUAUUACAUCUCUCUUCAGUUGUAUCUGAUUUCAAGAACCAAAAAUAUUAGUCACAUACAGUGAGAGAAAAAAUACAUGAGAAAAAAAUAAUUAUCUUCAUACUAUCAGUAUUAAACAUCUUAUUUGUUUGGUAUGUCUCACUGAAGAUAGCAAAAAGACAAAUGUGUCCACCAAAAGAUGUGGAUUCAGAAACACUGCUUUGGUUUUGAUUCAGUGCAGAAUUUCUUCCUUUAUGAUGUGCUUUAGUAUUACAAAAUAAGUAACUUUUGUUAUCUCUAAUGAAACCAGGAUAGAGACAAAAGUUUAACAUAAUUCACACUAAAAAUACACGAGUAAAUGACUGAAUCAUGCAGUUGCUGCUAUUGUCAGUGCAAUCAUAAUAAUACCGUCUGCAAGAUAAUAUCUAACAUACUGGCAACAUUACCAUUGAAAUUGAACGGUAGCAGUGUACAGGCCAUGCAGAACUCUUACAAGUGUUUUAGAUACAAAAGGAUUUUUCUCAGUAAUAUAUUUUACUAAUUAUACAUGCAGCACUCUAAGUAUGUACUAUAUAUUAAAUAUUCAUACAUGGCAUUUUUUGAAUACUUCCUUGUCAGCCUCUGUCUAGGCUAAGGAUACACUGCUUACUAACCAAGUAGAUGCCAUCUGAGCAGUUUAGCUGUCAGUCAUCUACUUACAAAAUCCAUUUCACCGUAUCUGCAGUUCUGGCAGCACUAUGUAUCAAAGGAUCUCCAAAUGUCAUACAGCGUUUAUCUAAUGUGCCUCACACCACUCCCUGAAAUAAACAGCAGCCUGGGUGAAUGAAAAAGAGAAGUUGUGACUGACCUACAGCAACACAGCAGGCUCGUACGGGAAGCAGGAAUAGGAAUGUUUUCUUUAAGUGGAAAGCUCCAAUUGCUUCUUUCACUGUUUCAUUAGGUUCUUUGUACCGAAGAUAAUGAUACCAAUCCAAGAUUCUUAUCAUCCAGUCAAGUGUGGAAACAGUUAAGCACAUGCAAGUAAAUUAUCUCCCUUUAUCUCCUUCCACAAGGACACCCACAGGCAUACUGUGCCUUCUUAAUUUUCAGUGCCAAUUGGGGAAGUUUUCAGUGGCACAUGAGAUUUUGGAACUGUCAAAUCGAGUCGUGAGUUGCUCCCACUUCUGAGCAGUUAAGAAGGUUCUUUAACCUGAAAAGCUAAGAGUACUCAGAUAGCUCUUUCCUCACAGACUUUAUCUGAAAUUUUUACCCUUUAUUAACUUAUAUUUCCAAGGAUUUUUCUUUUUCUUUUUGCAUUUACCAUUUAGUCUGUUCUUAGCUUAAUGCUGUGACCUCAAAGUGGAAAGCUGUUUUCUUUUAUUAAUUCUGUAUUCUCACACUCUUUUCUUUCUAAAUACCAGUAACAACUAGGGAAAGUUAAAAUACUUUUCAGAAUAUAUGCAUCUCUAAAUGCGUUUAUCUAUAUUAAGCAUUGAAGAAUUUUUUUUUUCCAAAAGGAAAUGUUGGUGGAACUCAGAUGUCAUUAUUAGGAGGGUGUCGUAAGGUACUGCUUCAAAUUAGAAAACAUACAUUUUAAAAAUAUUUAAAUAGUUAUGAAGCUGUAGCUGUGAACUAUAGUCAACUACUUCAUUCUAUUUGCUCUUUUACAUGUUUUCAUGCAAAUUUCAUCCACCGUUUCUCGUUUCUCCAACCCCAUUUCUUGUUUUUCAUACUGUUGAAUGAUCGGAGAAUGCAAUUAAACAUUACGUUAAAAUGUUCUACAAAACAGUUUUUCCUUUUGUGCUUCAUGUUUGUAUUUAUUGUUUUCAGUAAAUGCAUGAAACUGUCUUACUGAAUUCAUAGACAAUGCAACUAGAAAUAAUGGUUAUGAUGCUUACGACAGACAGUGGACUGACAGAGAAAAACUCCUGUUAAAAUAAUUUACAGAUUUUUAAUACAUAAUAUCUUUCCAAACAGUAUAUCUUUAGAAUACUAUAUGCAUUAUCCAGUAUUGUGGAGGACUAAGGAAGAUGAUUUGGAAUGACACUGACCUGGUUCUGUCAGUAGCCAUGAAUAUCAGAACACAGAAAAUAUGUAUCCUGGCCAAUAGUUCGUGAAAGGUAGAUAAACAUUAAAAUAAUAAAAAAUAGCUAUCAAAAAAGGAAAACAGAAUGGAAAAUAAAAAAAAGCACCCUGGUUAUCUGAGAGGUUUUAACAAAACAGUUAAAUUAAUAUUCUAGAAGAGCUCUACUUUUAAAAGCAGCUGUUAAUACAAGCAAAAGCUUAAUUGAACUUACAAUUUUGAGAGCUAUAACAUACCACCUACAACCUGUGGACAAGUCCUUAUUUCUGUUUCAGAGCAGAUAUGUGUUAUGUCCUUGAAGUUUCUUGAUGUAUCUCAGAACUCACUCCAUUCUUCCAAAUGAUUUCACAAUACUACUUAAUUAAAAUUUGCACUUUAUUA